AUGUUGGAGAAGGGCCGUCAAGCAUUGAUGAGCGCAGAAAGGCCUGCUAGCGACGAGGAGGCGGCGUGUAAAUGGAUCCCCAAGAAGAAACACGAGGUGCUGAAGGCAAAGUACAAAUGCCUGAAGAAGCUGUUCCAGAUCUACGACGCGAGCGUGAUAGGAAUUCUGCCGGAGCCCUACGCAGCGCCCGAGAUAGUCGAGAGGGAGAGGAAACACUCAAGGAGGCGACGCUCGCAUAGAACGAAGACGGACGCGUGCUCAGGCACAAACGAAAUAGCGUGCGACGUCGAGAAACGGUCUAUAGCGACUGCUGUCAUCCGUGACUUGAAGCUGCAAUACACGCCCACUUCCAUCAUCGAUUCGGACACGAGGCCGGAAACGAGACGCGACAAGUUCACCCAGGACUCCAGGGGCUGCCUUUCCGCCGGCGCGAGCGAAAAAGAGUGCGAGUACACCCAGACCUCGGAGCUGCUGCGGAUGCCGUAUUUGACGGGGAAAGAGACGAAGCCGAAGCCGACCCGCUUCCAGAUGUUUCUGCAGCGUCUGCUCGGCAUCAAGCGCGAGAGGACUAAUCAUCCGCCGCCAACGCCGCACGUAUACGCGGCUAGCGACAACAACAUCAACGAUCGGUACGGCAAGAGGCGCAAACGGGGUCUGCGCUUUCGGAGACUCCGCGGCCCUAAGAUCCAUUCGGAGACGGCCCUGAGGGAUGGACGCAACCCAGUGAUACUGAACUACGUGCAGUCCGUUCAGAAAAACUGCUUGAUGGACACAACGCCACGUCAAUGCCCUUUUUUAGGGUGCAGGAUGAUUUUCUACGGAAUCAUAAACUACAACGACCACCUGAACCUGUGCCACUUCACCGACCGCAAGUACUUCUGCCACUACUGCCACGAGGGCUUCGUAAGGGACUGCGACAAGCUGGUCCACGAGAACGAGCACAUCGGCAUCACGAAGCUGAACGCGAUCAACAAACUGGCCUCCACUCCGUCUUCCGACCGGCGGUCGUACAAAGUGGCCAGCCUGACGCAGACCGAGCCCCAAGCGGCACUGGACGUCGACGAGGAGAAGCUCAAGAAGAUAGUCUCCUUCUUCGACAAAAUCGACGACCCCGAGGAGAUAUUGGCCGAGCUGAAGAGGAGUCGACAUUCCCGCUCCAACAUGAACCUUACACGCCACUCGUCCAGGACUGAAGCCGCGACACCCGAGCCGAGGAGGUCGGACCGCAACACCCACGGAGCGUACAGCAGUGUACAACUGCGCAAAACCGACAGGAGGUCCCAUUCUUCCGGCUAUUCUGACGCACUCGCCCAUCGUUCGUCGGCGUCUUCGCUGAAAUGCCAAAUGUGCGGGGACAGUUUCGAUCGCAAGCAGCGUUUGAACCUACACGUUGACACGGAGCAUCGAGGGCACAAGCAGAAGUAUCUAAGCGCGAUGGGAAGCCAACGCGAGCGAGACACGUCAGAACGCCUCGAACGCUGCAGCGUCUCGACUGUUCGCCGGGUCGAUACAUCGUCAACCCUCACCCAGUCUCCAUCGGAGGGUUCCAACAAGAGCUGCGACCCUUCCACCAACAUCGUGUACUACACUUCAUUGGAGUCGGUCAGGAAGCCGUCCGUCAAGGACUUCAUGGCAAAACAUGCACGCAGCAGUUUCGGCUACAAAUGGGAGCCCGGCACCAAAGCCAGUCUUGCC